AUGCCCAGUAGAAAGGAUGUACGAGAAGGAAUAUUGCGGGAGCAUCCGUCUGGAUACAAGGAAUAUCGAGCGCUCAUACGGAUAGUCAUUCUAGGACUCAAAGGUCAAACAGUUGAUACGACUAUUUAA